AUGAAGUUCACUACAACCACGAUCCUCACCACUGCCAUGCUGGCAGGCAGCUCUCUUGCUGCCCCUCGCAGUGGUCUCCUUGAGCGUCUCCAGGCACGUGGUGCUCUGUCACGCCGCUCAGUACCGGCUGAAAGGAACGGCGUUUUGCUCAAGGAAGCAUCCCUGGGAGGCAAUCUUCAAUACAGCAAGAACUGGGCAGGUGUGGUGCGCGAGGAACCUCCAGCUAGCGCAACCUACAACGCUGUAUCGGCAACUUUCACCGUCCCCACGCCAACAGCCACUGACAACUCUGGCGAUAUGCAAGCUGUGUCUGCCUGGGUUGGCAUCGACGGCGACACCUACACCAAGGCGAUUCUGCAAACUGGUAUCGAUUCUUACAUUCAGAACGGCGAACAGACCUUCGACGCUUGGUAUGAGUGGUACCCAAAGAACGCCGAGAACUUUGACUUAAAGUUGUCAGCGGGUGAUGUUAUCAUUGCGAAGGUUGAGUCCUCGUCGCCCAGUAGGGGUGUUGCCAUCAUUGAGAACAAGUCCACCGGCAAGAGCGUCACCAAGACUCUGGAUGCUCCUUCAACCAGCGCCACCCUCGCUGGUCAAAACGCCGAAUGGAUCGUCGAGGAUUUCAACGCUGGCAGCACAAUGGUUCCUUUGGUCAAUUUUGGCAAGGUCGACUUCACGGGUGCCCAGGCCAGGGCCGGUAGCGGAUCUUAUGGUGUUGAUGAUGCCGAGAUCCUGGAUAUUCAGCAGAAUGGUGAUGUGAAGGCUCAUGUCGAAGUGAAGAGCAACAGCGAGUUCACUGUCACCUAUCAGUAG